CUUUGGGUGGUGGCUGGUGUUCGGGUUUGGUCAGGGGAACUUGUCUGGGAUUUGUUUAAUUUGCAGUUAUUUUAUUUCUACCUUCUCACCGCUCCUGACCUUCUAUUUUUCACCAAAUUAACUUUUUUUGGGAAACUUUGAAACCUUAUCUGGAAGAUGCAGGCAAUCAAAUGUGUGGUAGUGGGGGAUGGGGCCGUGGGUAAAACCUGCCUCUUGAUCAGCUACACUACAAACGCCUUUCCCGGAGAGUACAUCCCGACUGUGUUCGAUAACUACUCCGCCAACGUGAUGGUGGACGGGAAGCCGGUGAACCUGGGACUCUGGGAUACAGCUGGACAAGAGGAUUAUGACAGACUUCGGCCACUCUCUUACCCACAGACAGAUGUUUUCUUGAUCUGCUUUUCAUUGGUCAGUCCUGCAUCGUUUGAAAACGUUCGUGCUAAGUGGUACCCUGAGGUGAGGCAUCACUGUCCCAGCACUCCCAUCAUCCUCGUGGGCACCAAGCUGGACCUGAGGGACGACAAGGACACCAUCGAGAAGUUGAAGGAGAAGAAGUUGGCUCCUAUCACCUAUCCUCAAGGGCUCGCCAUGACAAAGGAGAUUGGUUCCAUGAGGUAUUUGGAGUGCUCCGCCCUCACCCAGCGAGGACUGAAGACUGUGUUUGAUGAGGCCAUUCGGGCUGUUCUCUGCCCUGCCCCUGAGGAAAGGUCCAAGAAGAAGUGCCUGCUACUGUAAAGUUGUAUGGAUGCCACAUAGCCAAUAACCAAGCCAAGGAAUUCUACCAGAGGAAGCACCAUCAAGCCUUAUGCGGAUGAAUGAUGCCUUUUGUAACAUAUUUGGGGUUGUUUAAUUACGUUUCUUAGAACGUUUCAUUUCAUUUUGUUUUAUAAAAUUCUAGGUUGAUCCAAAAAAAAUCUUUUAUUUUUGCUUGCGCAUUUGUUGCCAGUUCUGUUAAUUAAACAGAAUUCACACCCAGUUGAAACAUAUUAUAUAGCAGCUUAAUGUUGAAAAACAUCCUAUAAAAUAUGUGAACCAAGAACAUUAUUUAACUUAUUUUCCUCUUCCUGCUGGGCCCUCUUUCACCACUCCCUAUAAAACCAGAAGCAAUUAAACCGAAUGAAGAUAUCUGGGAGGACAUAGGAGGGUUUUAUCAGUUCAAAAAGGAGGCUUCUGUACAUUUUAAUACUGAAAAGCUAUCCCCAACAACUGUCCAAAUUGAGGACCCCUAAAAUGACUCCAGCAAAGGUCUUGGCCAAUUUGUGGAAGAUGGGGAUUGGGGGAUAAGUGGGGCCUAAUUUGGAAUAUUGUGUGUCACCUACCAACAGAAAAGAUGAUUACAACAUUGACAGGGUACAUGGAAAAUUUACAAGGAUGUUGCCAGGUCUGGAGGACCCAAGUUAGAAGGAAAGAUUGAACAGGUUAGGACUUUAUUCCCUAGAUUGAGAGGAGAUUUGAAAGAGGUAUGCAAAAUUAUGAGGGAUAUAGGUAGGGUAAAUGCAAGCAAGCUUUUUUCACUGAGGUUGGGUUUGACUACAACCAGAGGUCAUGGGUUAAGGGUGAAAAGUGAGAGGUGUAAGGUGACAUGAGGGGAAAUUUCUUCACUCAGAGGGUCGUGAGAGUGUGAAAUGAGCUGCCAGCACAAGUGCUCAAGUGAGAUCGAUUUCAGCAUUUAAGAGGAGUUUGGAUGGUAGGGAUAUGGAGGGCAGGUCGAUAGGAGCAGGCAGUUUAAAUGGUUCAGCGAGACUAGAUGGGCCGAAGGGCCUAUUUAAGUGCUGUACUUUUCUAUGCUAAUAACUUUCAGAGCCAGUGUGCUAAUUAGGAGCAAAAAUAAGACACCCAGCCCCUUGAGUCAGUUCUGUCUGUCUGUAACCUUGGUUCCAUGUUCCAUUUGACCCCCCUCCCCCCCGUAACUUAACUUUGCUUGUGGAAAAUCUAUCUACUUCUGCCUUAAAGUUAUCUAGAGACGUUUGUUUCCACUGCCCACUAAGGAAGAGCGUUCAAUCCUUUCAAAAAAGAAAUUGCCUUUGAUGAGAGACCUCUCAAAUAUUUACUCUUCAGUUUAUAGUCUCCCACAAGAGGCAAUGCUGUCUCCAGAUCCACCAUCAGCAUCAUAUUGUGCUACUUUGUAACAGUUAGUUUCUGGGUCAAAAAGUUGUUUAAUACUUCACAAAAAAAACCCCAGACAACCCUGGAAACUCUGCAAGUGAGCUGAGGGAGAGACUGGAGUGUGGGAGUGAAUCUGACAAUCUGGCCCCCAUGGCAGAGGCCUCUUGCAAAAGGUUCUGCAGUUUCUGCUGAAUCUCGGGUUAGGUAGGGCCCUUGCUUGUAGCAUUGUUGGACACAGAUUCCUGCCAUAUCAGUACCAAUAUGUUGGUCACAGCACGAAAAAUCUAACAGUAUGAGCAUCAAUUGCUCUAACUUCCAAAAAAUUCACUCCCUCACCCUCCUCAUUUUCCAUUCUCUGUUCUGGCUUCCCUCUAAACCCUUCUCUUCUCCUCAGCUGCCCAUUACCUCCUACUGGUGUCCCUCCUCCUUCCCUUUCUACCCUAGUCUACUCUCCAAUUUCUCCUUCAGCCAUUAACCUUUUCCACCAAUCACCUCCCAGCUUCCCACUUCAUCUCCAUUUCCCCCAUCCAUCCCUCACCUGGUUCCACCUAUGACCUCCUAGCUUGUACUCUCCCCAUCUUCUUGUUUUGGUGUCUUCCUCUUCCUUGCCAGUCCUAGUGAAGAGUCUCAGCACAAGAUGUUGGCCCUUUAUUCCUCUUCGUAGGCCUGGUGAGUUCACCCAGCAUUUUGUGUGUGUUACUGCAGGUACAGGCCCUUUGGCUCAGUGAACCCAUGCCAACCGAUGGGCCCAUGCAGAUAGUCACGAUUUCCUGUGUCCGACCCAAGCUGCACCCCUCCAAAUGCCUCUUAAAUGAUAAAAUUGUAUCUACCUCACCAAAAAUGGUGCCUCGUGGGUCUCUUUUAAAUCUUUUCCCUCUCACCGUAAAUCUGUGUCCCCUAGUUUCGGACUCCCCUAUCCAGGAGAAAAUACUGUUACUGUCCACCUUUUCUGUGCCCCUCAGAAUUUGAAGCACUUCCAUGAAGUCACUCCUCAUUCUUGUUUUAAGGGAUUUAAUUUAGAAAAGGUUUAAUGUGAUUCCCAUUUUUCAGUAUUCUUCCCUAAAAUGUUGUGCGUGUGUGUGUUGGGGGGUAAGAAACCCUCUGCCUCCAUCACCUCACUCCCCCCUCUCACCCUCUUCUUCCCCCUUCCCCCCUCCCCACCCCCAACCCCCUCUUCUUCCCCCAAAAAGUGCUUUCACAUGUACAGUUUUUAAUUCCAAGCUAAUGGCAAAUGGAUGAAAGGAAAAUAAAGGGCUUUAGGGGAGAAAGGGGUGAGCUUGAUCUUUGUUGGAUCAAACUGAGAAAUCACUUUACACUUGUGUUCAAAACAUAGGCAAUUUGUUUUUAAAAAUGGUGUGCACCAGGAGACAGGCUGAACCUGGUCUCGGGGGGCAUGAAUUUGGUAUGGGUUUUACACUCUCAGUUGAGGAGAUUACCAGUGAAAGUACAUUUGAUAACAGAAUGGUGGCAACAGGAGGACUGAAUUAACUAACAGACUGGGUCCUGAUUACAGAAUAACGAUCUAACGGCCAAUCCAAUUUUCUGUUACCACAAUGGGUACUCUAACAUAAUUAGUGAAGUUCCUGAAACGUGGGUGGUGUUGCUGCUGCAUUCCAUGUCUCUAUUUUUGUCUGUGGUUUCCUGUUACUGCAUUAACACAAUCCACAUCACUGUUUUACUAGUUAAUAACCCUCUCCAUUCUUCCCCCACAACAAAUUUAGAAUAGGCUAAAAGGCUGGCACAACACCCUGUACCAUUUAUUGUGCUAUGUUAAAUUGUGUCAGAAAAUAACAAAUUAUUCCUCCAUUAAAGUCACGUGUAUAAAAAUGGAGAGGUGGGAUUAAAGAGAGGUUCAGAAACGGGUAGUGUCAGAAGUAGCUUUGCGCUCAUUAUUUUCGGAAACUGCAGAUGAAAUUAGAACAGGCUUACAGGUCAGGCAGCAUCUGGGGAGAAGGAAGCAGCAGAUGACCUUUCCUCAGAUUAAUCUCCUUCGCAGUAGGACAGGAAGGUGAUACAUGACUCCUAACCUCCUUUAUAAUUUCUUUAUCCUCUUGUAACAACCAGGUGGGCAGGACCUAUUUACAAUGGAGAGAUGAUGUCAUCAUCUUAACUUCGGUUAAUCGUUUUCCAUUCCAUUUCUGAGAGAUUAAGAUUAGCUUUAUUUGUCACAUAUACAUCAAGACAUAGUGAAGUGUGUUGCUUGCGUCAAAUCAAGUCAACAAGGAUUGUGCUGGAGGCUUCUGAUGCCAACGUGGCUUGCCCACAAGUCGCUAAUCCUAAUCUGUAAACUUUUGGAAUGUGGGAGGAAAUCAAAUCACAUGGCGGACAGGCAAACUUCUCACAGGCUAUGGCAGGAAUUGGACCUCAAUCGCUGAAAAUUCUGGGAGCCAUUUCCUUAGAUUUUGGAGGGAUGGUAAAGUUCAACAAUGUUGUCCCUGAAAAGAGUUCCUUUCCAAACAUUCCCUGCAUUCUGUUAAAUGUCCUGGUUAAAAAUGCUCCCUCCCCACCCACCCUGGUGCACCAGCCGUGGUGACAGGAUUGACUGUAGCCUAAGGUCAUCUACUUAGUGUUAGUUACAAUUUCUUCCUUUAAGUUUCUGAUCUAGUUGCUACCCUGCUAGUUCAUUGUAUGUGUUCCAUUUUUAUUACAAAGAAUAAUAAAGUUGUGAGGACAAGCUAUUGCUGCUGGUGAUGAGCCAUGUAUGAACUUCGAUACGUCUUUUCUAAUAAAAUGAGCAUUCUAAA